AUGCAAACACUAGACGAGACUUCAAAUCUACUUCCCCCUCCUGAGGAAGCUGAAGCCCCUCCUUUGGAGCAAAAAUUUCAUGAAUACAAUCUGUCCUUACCGAAGUUUCCCAUUUUGUUUUCGCUAUGGUUGGGUAGUUUUUUGAGUUCUCUGGAUAGUACUAUUGUCGCAAAUAUAAUGAAUAGAGUUGCUGAGGAAUUCUCCGAAUCCAGUAGAAAGCAAUGGAUUGCGACAAGUUUCCUUUUGACAAAUACUGCUUUCCAACCUCUUUAUGGUAAGCUUUCUGAUAUAACAGGGCGGAAGUCAGCAUUAUUAACCGCUCAAUUUUUCUUUGGCCUUGGGUGCUUAUUGACAUGUUUUGCCAGAAACGUUACGGAAUUCUCGAUAGCAAGAGCAAUAUGCGGUAUUGGUGCAGGAGGAUUGAACGCUAUUAGUAGCAUUGCUGUUAGUGACAUAUGUACUGCAAGAGAGAGAGGUGUUUACCAGGGAUAUGCGAAUAUUGUUUUCGGGUUUGGCCAGUUACUAGGUGCUCCUUUGGGUGGUGUAUUUAUAGAAACCAUUGGAUGGAGGGCCCUUUUUGGUGUCCAAGUACCCGUGAUAAUGUUGUGCGCGGUAUUAGCAAUCAAGAACAUUAAUAUUAAGCUAUUCCAUGUUCCUCCUCUGAAGGAAAGAUAUACGUUAAAGAACUUGUCACGUAUAGAUAUAUUUGGCUCGUUAAGUUUGGUGGCGACCAUCAGUGGAGUGUUAUUUUUGUGCUCUAGUCAGUUGAACAAGCUGUAUUUAACAUUGUUUACCAUUGGUAGUUUUGUUGUCUUUAUCCUAAUUGAGCGUUAUUACGCGACUGAAAAAAUCUUACCAUUCGAGCUAUUGACUCGUUCAUUCUGUUUGAGUUCAGCAGUAACGGUUAUAUCCUCAUUUGUUGUAUUUGGUGAGAUCUUUAGAUCACCAAUCUAUUUACAAUUACUUCAAAAUAUCAGUGUCACGAGGACCGGUCUCUUUUUGAUUUUCCCCUCCAUAUCAGUUGCAGUCGGAUCGUUAGUAACAGGAUGGGUAUUGCGGAAUACGAAAAUUAAUCUAGCACACUGUGCAUACCAAAUCAUUUUUGGUGGUAUGAUAACACAGCUAUUGGGUUUAGGUUUGGGCUAUUUACUGCUUUUGCACUUGAAUCCUGAUUACACCGUAUAUGAUAUGCUUGAGUCUAUCACAUUUAGAUCGAACUCGAUUUGGUGGAAAUUGGUAUAUGUGUUUGCAUCAGUUCUCGUUUCUUUUGGUUACGCUUGUCUAUUGGUGGCCACGUUAGUAAGCAUUGUAUUCACCGUCAAAAAAUCACAGCAAGGGACCAUGACUGGUGUCUUCUACCUGUGGAGAUCCAUUGGUAACGUCCUUGGUGCGUCUUUAACUUUAGUGUCCUAUGAAAAUAGCCUGUCGUCCAUGCUAUGGAAUUAUAUGUUCAAAACUAAGCGUAACGACGAAUAUCACUUUACCAAAAAGCAGUACUAUUCUCUGAUCAAUGAUUCCAGUUAUUUGAGAGGGCCCAAUUUCCCGACGGAUAUAUUUGUUCGCAUCCUAGAUGUCUAUAAAAAGGCAUUUCUGAUUUCCUAUAUUCCAAAUAUAGCCCUGGCAGUAGUUGGAAUUGUCUUAUCGUUAUAUUUAGUGAAACAUACUUACAAACGUAGUUCAAGUUCCUGA